AUGGAUUCGGCGGCCUCUACAAAUCGCUCCCCGCUGCGUCCCGCCGCCGCCGCCACCGCCACCGCACGCCGAAGCAGCAGCUCCGUCCGCCCCGCGCUUCCGAACCGGUUCCCGUGCAGUGUAGCGGCGAGCAGGCUUGGGGUCGCGCCCGGGUGCGGAGGAGGGCAAUUCGGAAAGGCACAGCGAUUUGGGUCCUUGCGGAGUACUACGGCGAGAGCUCAGACUGGUAAUGCUGGGAGAAUUGUGACCGAGGAAAGGGAAAGCGCAAUGGCGGGUACCGAAAUGCCCUUGAAAUAUUCUUCCGGCAAAGCAUCCCCUCUAGGAGUGUCACAGGUUGAAAGUGGUCUCAACUUCGCGAUUUUCUCUCAACAUGCUUCUUCUGUCACCCUCUGCAUCAAGCUUCCUGAGAGAGGAACCAAGGAUGAAGAAAGUGAAAAAGUUGUGGAGUUUGCUUUAGAUUGCCAGAAGAACAAAACUGGAGAUAUAUGGCAUGUGUCGGUGGAGGGGUUGCCCACUUCUGGAGUUCUUUACGGAUAUCGUGUUAAUGGUCCUCAAGGAUGGGAACAAGGCCAUAGGUUUGAUAGCAACAUUAUUCUUCUUGACCCUUACGCGAAACUAGUUUCUGGUCGAAAUUACUUUGGGCUUGAUAAAGGGCCCAGCCAGCCUUUUGGAACAUAUGAUUUUGAUAGCUCUCCUUUUGACUGGGGUGCUGACUACCAGCUUCCAAAUUUGCCUGAGACAGAUCUAGUUAUAUAUGAAAUGAACGUUCGCGCUUUCACUGCGGAUGAGUCAAGUGGGCUUGAUCCAGCUGUUCGUGGAAGCUAUCUAGGAUUCAUCGACAAAAUCCCACAUUUGCUUGAACUCGGAGUUAAUGCAGUGGAGUUGCUACCUGUUUUUGAGUUUGAUGAGCUGGAGUUCAAGAGGUACCCUAACCCAAGGGACCACAUGGUCAAUACAUGGGGUUAUUCUACAAUCAACUUUUUUGCUCCCAUGACCCGCUAUGCAAGUGCUGGUGGUGGACCAUUGGCUGCUUCCAGAGAGCUCAAGCAGAUGGUCAAGGCAUUGCAUAAAGCUGGUAUAGAGGUUAUUCUGGACGUCGUUUACAACCAUACGAAUGAAGCAGAUGAUGCUAAUCCUUAUGUUACUUCUUUCCGUGGCAUCGACAACAAGGUUUAUUACAUGUUAGAUCCGAAGAACAACUCUCAACUGCUGAACUUCUCGGGAUGCGGGAAUACACUAAACUGCAACCAUCCUGUUGUCAUGGAACUCGUACUCGACAGCUUGAGACAUUGGGUUAAGGAGUAUCACAUAGAUGGAUUUCGGUUUGACCUUGCAAGUGUUCUUUGUCGUGGACCAGAUGGCAGUCCUCUUGAUGCUCCUCCACUCAUCAGGGAAAUUGCCAAAGAUUCUGUGUUAUCUCGAUGCAAGAUAAUUGCUGAACCUUGGGAUUGUGGAGGUCUUUAUCUAGUAGGGCGUUUCCCUAACUGGGACAGGUGGGCUGAAUGGAAUGGAAAGUACAGAGACGAUCUUCGAAGGUUCAUCAAGGGUGACCCUGGUAUGAAGGGGGUGUUGGCAACUCGUGUGUCUGGAUCUGCUGAUCUCUACCAGGUGAACCAGCGGAAGCCUCAUCAUGGUGUGAACUUUAUAAUAGCACAUGAUGGGUUCACCUUAUGUGACCUUGUUUCAUACAACUUAAAGCACAACGAUGCUAAUGGAGAAGGUGGACGUGAUGGAUGCAAUGAUAAUUUUAGCUGGAACUGUGGUGUUGAAGGAGAAACAAAUGAUUCAAAUGUAUUAGCUCUGCGUUCGAGACAAAUGAAGAACUUCCAUGUGGCAUUAAUGAUUUCUCAAGGCACCCCAAUGAUGUUGAUGGGAGAUGAAUAUGGUCAUACACGUUAUGGAAACAAUAAUAGCUAUGGACAUGAUACCUGCAUAAAUAAUUUCCAGUGGGGACAGGUUGCGGAAAGAAGAUAUGGCCAUUUCAGGUUUUUCUCAGAGAUGAUUAAGUUCCGUCAGAACCACCCAAUACUGAAACGGGACAGGUUUCUCAGUAAAAAUGAUGUCACUUGGCACGAGGAUUGUUGGGAUAACUUGGAAAGCAAAUUCUUGGCAUUCACGAUACACGACCACAACUCUGGUGGAGAUAUCUAUUUGGCAUUCAAUGCCCAUGACUAUUCUGUGGAUGCUGUGAUUCCCCCAGCCCCUCAACAAAAACACUGGAACCGUGUGGUGGAUACCAACCUGGAAUCACCAAACGAUAUUGCACCGGAAGGGGUGCCACUUGCUGGGAGUCGGGCGCAUCUCUGUGAAAUCGACCGACGGAAGCUACAGUUGCAACUGGUAUAUAGAGCUUUGUCUAAUAAUGGCACACUUUGUUUCCACUGUUCCACAUGUAAGUAG